GCUAGUAAGAUAACAAGACGCUGACUGUAGCGGAAUGCGUGCAUGCUGCAGUUCUAUGAACAAUUUUUUUUGUGUCAAAUGCCGUAAAAUGUGAAGGCUUCGGAAAAUUGUGGCUUAAAAAAACUUGAUUCAAGCAGUAGUUGUUUUGAUGGGAACGCUGUGGAAUGCCACUAGUUUUAGUGUGAAAAUUAUUUGCAAAUUGUUGCAUGCUUGGAUGCUUUUUGGGAAUAGCCUGUUAUUACUUCUGUCGUUUUCCUUACCAGCAAGCACUUUGAAUGUACUUGAGCGCCAAGAAGAGUUCGCAUCAUAUCGGUUUGUGCCGGCGUAGGACAGGUUUUACGUUGCGGAUCGGACGUUAGCCCCCGAAUAAUUUCAUGCUACGCUGGCCGAUUCUCAUUUGGAUCGCGUGCUGGUAUCAGGCGACAUCAGCCAUCGAUACCGACGGCAGUGACAACAAAAAUGCCACCACCGCCACGCCCAUCUACCCCUCGGUCCUCUUGCUGGUGAUCUCACCCUACCUCUACGAUGUCGUGGAGCGGGACGCCGUCCGCAAUACCUGGGCCGCUGAGGCCGCCAAAUAUAACAUACGCGUUUUGUUCCCCUUCACCGCCCUUGGGGAGCAGGAUGAAGACGUGAAGAAAGCCAUCGAAGAAGAGAGCGCCUACCAUCAGGACGCUUAUAUCUUCAACUAUCUUCCGGAUGAAUUCGACACCGAUAUGACGCUGACGUUGAAUACGCUCAACUGGGCGUUGACCAAACAACCAUCAGCGCGAUAUUACGGAAAGGUCACGGCUGAUAUAUGGCUCAAUGCGCCCAAGUUAGCGGAAGUUCUCAAGGGACUGAACGAUACCACGGAUUGGAUUAUGGGACGGUACGCGGAUAACCAGGACGAGGAGGUGAAAGAUUUGUAUGGCUCUCUGCACGGGUACGCUGAGAUGGGGAAAGGUCAGUUCGCGCUGGGACACUUUUGGCUCAUGCCAAAACGGACGCUGAAAAAGGUCAUCAAGGCGGCGGGUUCUGUGGUGGGCAAUUCGGACAUUGGGGAUGCGGUGAUCACCGGGGAUUACCGGCGAGCCAUGGGCAUCCCGGCGGUGAAUCGCACGGACGUGGUGAACAUGUGGGAUAUCAAGGGGGUGGAGAUCUGCUACCGCGAAAACUACCUCGCCGUUCACGGGGUCUUCUACAAACAAAAGCAUGUCAUGCACAAUCAAAAAUGUGAUUAAACUGGGAACAUAGUUAUCCUUAAAUGGCGAAGAAUGUAUGCUGGCUUUUAAUGCAGAAAAGUCAAUGUUUACGGUUUUUAACUGAAAAAGACGGAUGUAUAUUGUGAGCAUGUUUUAAUACUCACCAAUUAUCGUAUCGUGUGUUCUGGCGUCUUACAUUAGCGAGGGCAUUUAGUCGUAAUAGAAUAGCGACAAAUAGCAACAUUGUACAGAUGUUCGAGUUGCAUGGUUGAGCCAAAUAAACAUGUACAGAUUCA